CACUGAAAUUCUUGAGCUGGCGGCAGGGCUGAACGUAGCCCAGUUAAAGAUCCUUUCUUGCCACAUCCUCUCUAAGCCAGGCUGUGAGUACCGCGUGGAACGAAGGAGAAGGGUGGCGGUGAGGUCAGUAAAGAGCCGGCCCAAGGUGCACCUUUUAGGUCCGGAUGCUGAGAGCAGCCGUCCCCGCCCCUAUAUUCCUCUCACCAGGUAGGUUUGCCCGGGAGUGGCUACCUCCCAGGCAAAAAUUCGGCCUGGUUAAACUGGAAAGAGCAGGAAAGCCCGCCCACUGGUGCCCGGGGAACGCCUGCAAAGUGCCAGGACCCUACAAACCCAUGCACCUCACCGGUGCGCACGGGCCGCGGGCUCUUCCGGGGCGGGCCUCGCCUGACGCAGGAGGAGGGGCGGCCCCGUCGCACACGAACCAAUCACGACAGACGCUUCUACGUGGCUAGCAUUGACCAACUGGAGACCGUGGAGAUAGCGACGGGGAAAUUCAAACGUGUUUGCGGAAAGGAGUUUAGGUUCCAUCUUUUCAUUUCCCCAGCGCCGCUUCCAGUAGGUGGAGUGAUACCUUGCUGCAACUUUAUGACUGCUUCAUUGUUAAAUCCGAAGACGGGGCAGCGUUGUUAUCAGUCACACUGAGUUGGUGUUUGAGAGGCACAAAGAUACGAUUAACAAAAUGGAGUCCGAGGAUUUAAGUGGCAGAGAAUUGACAAUUGAUUCCAUAAUGAACAAAGUGAGAGACAUUAAAAAUAAGUUUAAAAAUGAAGACCUUACUGAUGAACUAAGCUUGAAUAAAAUUUCUGCUGAUACUACAGAUAACUCGGGAACUGUUAACCAAAUUAUGAUGAUGGCAAACAGCCCAGAGGACUGGUUGAGUUUGUUGCUCAAACUAGAGAAAAACAGUGUUCCUCUAAGUGAUGCUCUUUUAAAUAAAUUGAUUGGUCGUUACAGUCAAGCAAUUGAAGCACUUCCCCCAGAUAAAUAUGGCCAAAAUGAGAGUUUUGCUAGAAUUCAAGUGAGAUUUGCUGAAUUAAAAGCUAUUCAAGAGCCAGAUGAUGCACGUGACUACUUUCAAAUGGCCAGAGCAAACUGCAAGAAAUUUGCUUUUGUUCAUAUAUCUUUUGCACAGUUUGAACUGUCACAAGGUAAUGUCAAAAAAAGUAAACAACUUCUUCAAAAAGCUGUGGAACGUGGAGCAGUACCACUAGAAAUGCUGGAAAUUGCCAUACGGAAUUUAAACCUCCAAAAAAAGCAGCUGCUUUCAGAGGAGGAAAAGAAGACUUUAUCAGCAUCUAUGGUAUUAACUGCCCAAGAAUCAUUUUCCAGUUCACUUGGGCAUUUACAGAAUAGGAACAACAGUUGUGAUUCCAGAGGACAGACUACCAAAGCCAGGUUUUUGUAUGGAGAGAACAUGCCCCCACAAGAUGCAGAAAUAGGUUAUCGGAAUUCAUUGAAACAAACCAACAAAACUAAACAGUCAUGCCCAUUUGGAAGAGUCCCAGUUAACCUUCUAAAUAGCCCAGACUGUGAUGUGAAGACAGAUGAUUCAGUUGUACCUUGUUUUAUAAAAAGACAAACCUCUAGAUCAGAAUGCCGAGAUUUGGUUGUGCCCGGAUCUAAACCAAGUGGAAAUGAUUCCUGUGAACUGAGAAAUUUAAAGUCUGUUCAAAAUAUUCAUUGCAAGGAACCUCUGGUAUCAGAUGAAAAGAGUUCUGAACUUAUUAUUACUGAUUCAGUAACCCUGAAGAAUAAAACUGAAUCAAGUCUUCGAGCUAAAUUAGAAGAAACUAAAGAGUACCAAGAACCAGAGGUUUCAGAGAGUAACCAGAAACAGUGGCAAUCUAAGAGAAAGUCAGCAUGUAUUAACCAGAAUCCUGUUGCAUCUUCAAAUCAGUGGCAGAUUCCAGAGUUAGCCCGAAAGGUUAAUACAGAGCAGAAACACACCACUUUUGAGCAACCUGUCUUUUCAGUUUCAAAACAGUCACCGCCAAUGUCAGCAUCUAAAUGGUUUGACCCAAAAUCUAUUUGUAAGACACCAAGCAGCAAUACCUUGGAUGAUUACAUGAGCUGUUUUAGAACUCCAGUUGUAAAGAAUGACUUUCCACCUGCUUGUCAGUUGUCAACACCCUAUGGCCAACCUGCCUGUUUCCAGCAGCAACAGCAGCAAAUACCUGCUACUCCACUUCAAAAUUUACAGGUUUUAGCAUCCUCUUCAGCAAAUGAAUGCAUUUCGGUUAAAGGAAGAAUUUAUUCCAUAUUAAAGCAGAUAGGAAGUGGAGGUUCAAGCAAGGUAUUUCAGGUGUUGAAUGAAAAGAAACAGAUAUAUGCUAUAAAAUAUGUGAACUUAGAAGAAGCAGAUAACCAAACUCUUGAUAGUUACCGGAACGAAAUAGCUUAUUUGAAUAAACUACAACAACACAGUGAUAAGAUCAUCCGACUUUAUGAUUAUGAAAUCACGGACCAGUACAUCUACAUGGUAAUGGAGUGUGGUAAUAUUGAUCUUAAUAGUUGGCUUAAAAAGAAAAAAUCCAUUGAUCCAUGGGAACGCAAGAGUUACUGGAAAAAUAUGUUAGAGGCAGUUCACACAAUCCAUCAACAUGGCAUUGUUCACAGUGAUCUUAAACCAGCUAACUUUCUGAUAGUUGAUGGAAUGCUAAAGCUAAUCGAUUUUGGGAUCGCAAACCAAAUGCAACCAGAUACAACAAGUAUUGUUAAAGAUUCUCAGGUUGGCACAGUUAAUUAUAUGCCACCAGAAGCAAUCAAAGAUUUGUCUUCCUCCAGAGAGAAUGGGAAGUCUAAGUCAAAGAUAAGCCCCAAAAGUGAUGUUUGGUCCUUAGGAUGUAUUUUGUACUAUAUGACUUAUGGGAAAACACCAUUUCAGCAUAUAAUUAAUCAGAUUUCUAAGUUGCAUGCCAUAAUUGAUCCUAAUCAUGAAAUUGAAUUUCCUGAUAUUCCAGAGAAAGAUCUUCAGGAUGUGUUAAAGUGUUGUUUAAAAAGGGACCCAAAACAGAGGAUAUCCAUUCCUGAGCUCCUGGCUCAUCCAUACGUUCAAAUUCAAACUCAUGCAGGUAACCAAAUGGCCAAGGGAACCACUGAAGAAAUGAAAUAUGUUCUGGGCCAACUUGUUGGUCUGAAUUCUCCUAACUCCAUUUUGAAAGCUGCUAAAACUUUAUAUGAACACUAUAGUGGUGGUGAAAGUCAUAAUUCAUCAUCAUCCAAGACUUUUGGAAAAAAAAGGGAAAAAAAAUGAUUUGCGGUUACUCGUAAAUUGUCACAUACCACCUAUAAAAUACAUUGGACUGUAAUACUCUUGACUCCCUGUGGAAAUCUACAUUUGAAGACAACAUCACUCUUAAGUGUUAUCAGCAAAAAAAAAUCAGUAGAUUAUCUUUAAAAGAAAACUGUAAAAAUAGCAACCACUUAUGGCACUGUAUAUAUUGUAGACUUGUUUUCUCUGUUUUAUGCUCUUGUGUAAUCUAUUUGACAUCAUUUCACUCUUGGAAUAGUGGGUGGAUAGCAAGUAUAUUCUAAAAAACUUUGUAAAUAAAGUUUUGUGGCAUAAAAUGACACUAACAUUUCAAAGUUGUAAGAUUGUUUUCUUUAAGAAAAUGUAUUGUUGGCAUGGCAGCAAAAGUCUUAAUUAGUAAAAAGUAGAUUAGGGAAGAUGUGAGACUAGACCUUAGUAAAUGAACUUCGAAAAGCAAAUCCUGAAGUGUUUGAAUUCCAAAAUAGACUUCCUAAUUAUUUCUGGCACUGAUAACAACAGUCUAUAAUUUUAGGAAUGAACUUGGCUCUUUCAGAUAUUCUUCAUAACAUCUGCUGUUUUUGGUAUUUAGAAUAUCAUGCUGGAUUCUGUGUUGUAAGCUGUAUGGCGCAUGCCCUCACUGUAUGACUUGCUAGGUAAUGGAUAAUUAUAAAUGUGGCCCCAGAG